GUCCUCCCAUGCUCACCGUGCAUGCGCGGCUCAGGGAGCGCGCAGCACGGCGAUCUGCAGUGCUUUGUGUCCCUCGGACAUAGCGGAUCACCGAUCUAUGGAAGGUGUCAGCUCGGUCAUGUGAUCAGCUGUAAGUGCCACCUGUCAGUGUCCAUCAGUUCCAGCUGCCAGUGCUGAACAGUGCCACGUGUCAGUGCCACAUCAAUGCCACAUAUCAGUGCCUACCAGUGCACAUCAAUGCCACAUAUCAGUGCCCAUCUGAGCUGCCUUUCAGUGUCACCCAUCAAUGCCAGUCAGUGCCACCUAUCAAUGCCAAUCAGUGCCACCUAUCAGUGCUGCCAAUCAGUGCCACCUAUCAGUGCCAGUCAG